AUGGCCCCAAGAGUGUGUCUUGAGUGCGGAGAUGGAAGGAAAAGUGAGGAUUUCAGAAAUGUUCAUAGCAAUAAUCAGCACCAGAAGGAGGAAUCCAGAUAUUGCAGAGGGUACAUCGACGAGCGGGAAUUGGACGGCUUCCUAGUUGGAAGGCAAAUGUUCCACAAACGAAAGGUCAUGAGGAGCGUGAAGCUCGAGACGCACAUGGUAGCUCCGAUUUACCUGAGCAAGAUUGUCUUCCCUGACGUCGACCCAGCGGAAACGCUCGCGAAAGACAGUACCACAGAAUGGAAAUCCUUGCGGGAGUGGGUAAUUGGGGUAUGGGACCUCUAUGGUGGCAAACGCGGAAACGGUGUCUCUGAGGCUCUGGAGCCAGCUGCAAGCGAGGUCUCGCAAGGUGUUGGCGACGGCGGAUUGGUGGAAGUAGGGAGGAAGUGGAAUAUUCAUGGAUCGAGGGGUGAACAAUGCAGCGUAUCGCAAGGUUCCUCCAUUCUUGAAGCAAACGGCGACAAAGAAACUAGGCCACCAGAGCUUUGUAUCGGUGAAGGGUUUGACCUGCACGACGUAGAAUUCUCCACAAGAACUACAGAAGGUUGGAUGACCGAAGAUGAGGAGGCGCUUCACGGACAGGCGGAUUUCGAGCCAAUUUUGAGAAGUGUGACAUCAGGGAACCUCUCGGAGUUGAGUUACUUGGUCAGGCACGCCCUAAAUCGCAAACGCAAGGCUAUCCCCCUGUAUCCAUCCACCGCACGGAAAGAUACCACCAUGCUUACCAAAAGAGAGCCAGCUAUAGUGCCAUCCUCUUCUAAAGAAAACUCUACACCACCGAUUUGGAUGAUACCUCUUCCACCAGAUAUCAUUUAUUACAUCGUCGAGGAGCAUCUCGAAUCCAACUUCCUUCUCACGAUAAAAUCCUUAUCCCUCACCUGUCGAUCACUAGUACCAUACUGCCGCACUCACCUCUUUCGAAAAAUUACAAUCGGCUAUCCUCCCAAAUUGCCUCGACGUUGUCCAUAUCCUCCAGCAGAGCAGUUUUCCAAGCUCAUUGACGAGGCACCCGAUAUUCUUGACUAUAUCUCAGAACUUCACAUCAUUCAUAUUGGUGAACGGAACACCAAUAUUCUGGAUGAACGCCCCAUUACCCGAGAGGAGUCGAGCCUGUGCCGUAUUCUCACUCGCAACAUGCAAAAGCUUUCCUCACUUUACCUCAUUCACAAUGGUGAUUGGGCAUUACUCUGUCCAGCCGUGCGUGAGGCGUUUCACGCGGUCUUCCAGCUCCCCACGCUCGUCCACGUCUCCUUGGAAAACGUUAAACUCCCUGUGAACUUACUCGGUUUAUUCAGGAACGCGAAGAGGCUGGAGUUUUGUGUUAGUCCAAAUGCACCGAUGGCUUCGUUACGGCAAUUCGUCUCAGGCCAUCUGGCUGAGCCCGAAACGCUUUGUAUUCGUAACGAAAACGGAUUCAAUAUGAAGAAUGUUUUCCAUGCUGAGGCUGCAAUAUCCUUUGCGUGUCUUCGAAGUUUGGAGUUUGAAGGGAGCGCUCGGGUAAAUUCCCAACUGCAGGGUUUCUUUAACGCUUGCCCAAACAUUCUGACGUCUUUGAACAUUUGCCUUCGAUCGUCAACAACGGCACCGGAUUCAACAUUAUACCUGGGCGGCCUCCGUGCCCUGACGACCUUGCAUUUUUGUAUCGAAUAUCCGCUCUACCUCCCUGGCUCCGUUUUGGAAACCGUUCCGCGGCGCAAAUUGGAAUGGUUUACCGCGGUAUUGAAAACGAUCAGAGGGACCAAUGUUGUGGAAUACAUCUGCAUCACCGUUGACCUCAGCACCAUGCUAAAAUUCCACGAGUUUGGCUGGUCCUCUCUGGAUAACGUCUUCAUACGACCACACGCCUGGCCGCGCCUCCAUACGUUUGAGGUCUUUUCAUGCACUGCACCAUAUGAAUCUUUCCUCUCUUAUUUUGACCGGUCCGGUCACUAG